UGGAGAAGGUAGCAUCAUGGCGUCGGGAGCAGGCCAGCAGUCCGCCGGACACGAUGCAGAAUUGGACGAAUUGUUGGACAGUGCAUUGGAUGAUUUUGACAAGACUCCAGACCCUCCAGCCCCUGAACCUGCUGCUGCUUCCUCCUCAGCCAAAGGUGGUGCAGAGAAGCCACCUCUGCUUGAAGACUGCAAACUCUUUGAGACUCUCUUUGAGGGGGACAUGGCUACCCAAGCCAAGGAGGAGUGGGAGAAGGCAAUGAGCGAGCUGGCUCACGAAGAGCCAGAACUUCUGCAGCACUUUCAUAAGCUGUCAGAGGCUGCAGGCAAAGUUGGCACUGACACCGCCUCCCAACAAGAAUUCACUUCCUGUCUUAAAGAAACCCUUCGUGGCCUGGCCAAAAAUGCAGACAACCUGCAGACUUCAGGACUAGCCGGAGAUGACCUCGUCAAGGCUCUAGAAGGCCUAGGAUUGGAUGAGAGUGGGGAAGUAGGCGGCGAUGACGGAAACAUCCUGCCUAUCAUGCAGUCCAUCAUGCAGAAUCUUCUCUCUAAGGAAGUGCUUUAUCCAUCUCUCAAAGAGAUCACUGCCAAGUACCCAGAAUGGUUGGAUGCCAACAAGCCAAACCUUAGUCCUGAGGACUACCAGCGCUAUGAGCAGCAGGCCAAAAUCAUGGGAGACAUAUGUAAGCACUUUGAGGAGGGAGAGGGGCAAGAAGAUAAAGACGGCACGUUCGAGAGCAUCAUGGACCUGAUGCAAAAGCUGCAGGACCUGGGCCAACCACCCAAAGAGCUAGCAGGUGAUGCGCCACCAGGGUUCAACUUUGACAUGGACUCCCUCAAUCUCCCAGGAGGCCCCGGGGCUGGGGCGGCAGACCAGUGCUCCAUCAUGUGAUGAGGUGGCAGUGCCUUCCAUCAGAAGCACUGGAGCCAGAGGGUCAACUCUGUGUGCGUCAGCAACAGGCGAGGAGUGAGGGAGUGUGGAGUGAAGGUCAGGCAGGAGUGAGACCAGACCGUCAACACCGUUCUAUCUCACGUAGAAGGUGUGUGGAUGCAGAAACAACAGGAGGAGGCACCAAAACCAACAGGAACGACGCACCAAACACACCCUCCUCUGUCUAAAAUCACUGAACGCACGACUUAGAACAUUUUAACAUCUCCGCAUUAGUUUGCCAGCGGUUGCUGCAGUUCCUUCACGGUUUAGUUUUAACGGUAUUCCUUUGAAAAGAAAAUACCACUGCAGUUCAUGUUGUUUUUACUAUACUGUUUAGCCUCAUGGUAAAAUCUAUCAAAAACACCUCACGGGUAUAAACAGUGCCUUUGCGAAACGAAUUUAAGUUAUUAUUUUAGCUAUCAUUCAGCUAAAGCUCCACAGACUUUAGUUUUAAAUUGGUGUGAAUUUUGCAAUAUCAUCUCAUGUUUACACCAGGUUUGCAAUAAUUAUUUGGUACUUCUUAAAUCAAGACUCUGUCGCUGUACAGGCUGUAGAGGAUCUAACUUAACGAGUUAAUUACUUACUAACGUAAGGAAAAAAGUGGUGUAUAUUUGUUAAUUAUUUAAAUAAUUAAAUGGACUAGAGAGGAGUGAGAGGUUUCCAGCACCAACUGUAACUCAGCCAACUAAUUCAACAAAACCCCAGUCCCCUCUUAGUGUUAUCCUCCAUUCCCAGUUAUUGAUUUGAAGUGAUUGAGGUGAUAAUUUCCCUCCAAAUAUGCCUUUGCCGUGGUUACAUUGAUGAUUAUAGUGUAGAGUUACUGUGCAAAGUGCUCCCCUUGUGAUUCCCAGUGUUUUUAAUGUGCAGAGUAAUGUUUUCUUUGGUAUGGGGUCCCUGCUGUGAAAUUCUCCACCUGCCAUCAAAAGUAUCUCAUGUUCUUUCCAGAGAAGGUCACACAACGAGAGAAACACAUCGAUAAUUCAUACAGAUGCACUGAUGGGUAAAACAUCAACAGCCUGAUGACAUGUCGGCUGUGCUAGGAGGGUUUGUUUACUCCAGCAGCUACUUUUCACCUGAUUCUUUUGCCAGCGGACAAAUUUUUACCGCUGUGACCGUAGAGAGAGGUCUAGAAAUCACCUGACCAUCAGCACAUCAAUCACUCUAUAAUAAAGGAGUACUGUGAAAGGAUUCAGUCAGCCAUGCACCUAAAAGAGAUCAGCUUUACAUCGAACACAGCAGAGGGGAGGCUCCGCUGUGGAGGUCCAUGAAGGGGGUGGGGGGGUGUGUGAUCUAUUCAACUCUCAGGGCCAAUGCAAAUACGCCCAGAGAACCGUUAAAAAAAAAAUGCAACCUGUUAUUUGACACUAUUUUGUUU